AUGGGUGAUAACAAAAUGCGUAAACGAUCGGUUUCUUCGAGUCUAGACAAUCAUGGUGGGGGCUCAGCUGCGCCUGUGUUUUUACAAAAGACAUAUGACAUGAUUGAGAGCUCGCCACAUAGUGUCGCGUGUUGGAGCGACACCGGUACUUCGUUUAUAAUUAAACUACCACGCGAGUUUGCAAAGACAAUGCUACCACGCUAUUUUAAGCAUAACAACUUUAGCAGCUUUGUACGUCAACUAAACUUUUAUGGUUUUCGCAAACACAAGAAGGACGAGAUUGUGAUAUCUACCGAGCUAGACGAGAGCAAGAAUUGGUGGGAAUUUUACCAUGAAAAAUUUAUGCGUGGGCGCCAGGAGCUUAUGGCUCAGAUUCGUCGUAAGACGUACUCGGAGCCUGCCUCUCCUGACCACGAAGAAGUUGAAACACUGAAACAGUCCGUGCAGAGCCUGCAAGGUCAAGUGUCGGAACUCAUGGGACAACUCUCGGAUCUUACUGGACUUGUCAAGACUUUACUUCAGGAUAAGCAGACUCCAAUGCCUUUGCCGCGUGCCCCGAAGCGCAUGAAGGUUAACGAAGCUCCAGUGGCUGUGCCUAGGAUGUCGGCCUCUUCGCCUGUUAAUGCCAUGCAGGAGGCCUACGUGCCGCUAAUGGAGCACAUGCCAGCACCAUCCCCGCAACCUCGUCAGCCUCAGCCUAAUGGAACGCUGGACUCUAUGCCCAAGGCCCAGAGCCAACGCACACGAGAAAUGUCUUUGAUGGAGUGGACUGAGUUGUAUGGCAUGGACUACCUGCUGAACGACUCUGGGCGUCCUCUUUCGCUGUUUACUGAGGAUAUGCUUAAUUACGAUUGA